GAUGAUAAUCUGAGCGAGGUAGGGGGGAACUGCUAUCUCUCCAGCUCGGGUGAAGAUAGUGCUGCAGUGUGGUUCAAAACCCACCGUGGACGCUGCAGCCUGAGGCUGGGGUGAAAUACAACCAUUGGAAUAUUAAAAGGUGGCGUGUCUCACAUAUGUUCUCCAUCCAUCCGUCUUUGCAGCUGUCACGGCUCUCUUUAAUCAGUCCAAACUGCAUAAUCAUUGCUUUUCAUCCAUUGACACCUACUAAACUCAAUCGAUCUCCUGCAUUCAUUAAAUAUGUUUGAUAUUCAUGAGGUUGCCUCAUUAAUAUGCAUGCACCAAACUUAUGCAGCACCACUGCUUUCUUAGCUGUUUCUCUGGUGUUUUACAUCUCUGCCCCCGUGACAGAGAGGUCUGUGCCCUGCGUGUUGUGUAUUGCGCCGUGAGGUGCAACACCCCUGGGAUUAUGGGAGUGUGGAGUGUUUGUAAGUAUGUGUGUAGAGCUCAGUGAGGGAUCUGCCCCCAGCCUUUCGCCGUAUCUUGCUGACUGGCUUGCUCUGACUGCCAUAGAAACGGGGUUCUUAAGCACGGUGGAGGCUCAUUCUGCCUGGGCGCUGCCGAGCGUAAGCAUCACAGGAGGAGAGAGAGGGGGAAAGUGUGAGAAGAAAGAUUCAAGUAUUGACAUCGCUGUUGGCCUCCCCAUCGGUGUGAUAAUAGCGUGUGCCUUGGCGCUGCUGUUGCUCACUGCAUUCGUCUCCUGGAAGCUGUGCUGGGUCCCUUGGAGGAACAAAGCACUCUCGUCAAGUUCUGCGGCCCUCGCACCUGACGACUGCCCCUCGUUUCAUUUACCGUCUCUUCUGCCCAGUCCUCAGCCGUCUGAGGUCACUAUGGCGACUGAGAAGGAAAAGUAUCCUAUGGCAUCGAUAGGCUUCCUGGAGGCAGCUGUUAAAAUAAGUCACACCUCUCCCGACAUCCCUGCCGAGGUGCAGCUCUCCAUGAGGGAGCACUUCCUGCGCCGUACGCAGCGCAUGCAAAGACAGACCACAGAGCCAGCGUCAUCCACCAGGCAUAGUUCCUUCAAACGCCACCUUCCCCGUCAAAUGCAGGUAGGGAGUCUGGACCUGGGAGAUGACUAUGAUGUGGAUGAGCAGCCAACCAGCAUUGGCCGUAUCAAGCCUGAACUCUACAAGCAAAUGACCACAGAGAACGACGAAUCCGGCAGUAGCAAAGGCAGCAAAAACUGCGGCAAGAUCAACUUUUCCCUCCGCUAUGACUAUGAGAACGAGAUGUUACUUGUCAAGAUACUCAAGGCAUUUGAUCUCCCAGCCAAGGACCUUUGCGGUAGCUCCGACCCGUAUGUCAAGAUCUACCUGCUGCCGGAUCGGAAGCAGAAGUUUCAGACACGAGUCCAUCGUAAAACACUCAACCCCACGUUUGACGAGUCCUUCCAGUUUCCGGUACCCUAUGAUGAGCUUCCCGUCAGGAAGCUCCAUCUCAGUGUUUUCGACUUUGACAGGUUCUCACGGCACGAUAUGAUCGGAGAGGUCAUACUGGACAAUCUGUUUGAAGUGUCUGAUCUCUCAAGGGAGACCUCCAUCUGGAAAGACAUUCAGUAUGCUACCUCUGAGAGCGUGGACCUUGGGGAGAUCAUGUUCUCACUCUGCUAUCUACCUACGGCAGGCAGAUUAACACUCACUGUCAUCAAAUGCAGGAACCUAAAGGCAAUGGACAUUACAGGAUAUUCAGAUCCCUAUGUGAAAGUAUCCCUCAUUUGUGAUGGAAGACGCCUGAAAAAGAAGAAGACCACAACAAAGAAAAACACUCUGAAUCCCACUUAUAAUGAGGCCAUUAUCUUUGACAUCCCUCCAGAGAGCAUGGACCAAGUCAGCUUGCACAUCUCAGUCAUGGACUAUGACCUGGUGGGGCACAAUGAGAUAAUUGGUGUGUGCCGUUUGGGCAGUGGUGCUGAAGGUUUAGGAAGAGACCACUGGAAUGAGAUGCUCGCAUACCCCCGUAAGCCAAUUGCACACUGGCAUCCCCUGCUGGAAUCUAAGAAAUCAGAAAAAGAGUGGAAAGCUAGAACGGCCAGUUUUGACAGUCAGGGGUCUUGUCCCUCCCCCAAACCUCCUGCCAGCCCUUGAUCAGAGCCAUAUGUAAAACUACAGGCUCGGCAUCCUCCGUUUGUCACUCCGAUGAAAACGAGAGCCCUGCUUUUUCAAUUUUCCUCCUAUGGGUUGUUUUAGAUGGUUCCCAAACACUGAUCUAAGAUCCUGAUGUCUUUGCCCUGAUGUUCACCAUGUUCAAGCUGUUCCAGUCCAUACGAUCCUCAGUCAAUUCUUGGGAGUGUUGUACAAAUCUCUGUACCUAGAAUACUAUUCAAAGCCAACAUUGUGUUCCUAGAAUAGCUUGGUAUCGUCAGCGGAGAUGUUUCUUUCCAAUAUGAAUUUUCCUGAAACAUUUUAAAUCUGAUGCGGUGUUCUGCAAGCAGUCUAUGUGCAAACAGAAGUUUCUGCACAACACUGCAAGGCUCUUUGUAGAUGGCUCUGCUCAGAUCUAAAGACUUUGAAAGUAGGAUCAACUAUUGGAAGU